AUGAGGAACACCAUUGCCUUAUUCGUCUCACUCCUGGUGUGCGCAUCACUCACAACAAUCGACGCCUCCCAGGAGGAUCAGCUCAUGAGGUUCAUCGAGUCCAAGGUUAAGAAGAGGCAAACUGUCAGGGCCACUAGCGCGAGCGGACCUGAGAAAAGCGACCCAUGGGCCGACCCCAGCAGCUUCAGCCACCUGCUAACAAAAUGCCCCAUCCCACCGGCGGGCACCAAGGCGGCCGACAAUAUCACGGCGCUGCCCGGCCAGCCGCCGCGCAUCAACUUUGACCAGUACUCCGGCUACAUCACGGUGAGCGAGGAGCACUUCCGAGAGCUCUUCUACUACUUCGUCGAAGCUCCCUACGAGGCGGCCUCCAAGCCGCUCAUCCUCUGGCUCAAUGGUGGACCAGGAUGCUCGUCGCUGGGCUACGGCGCUAUGAUGGAGCUCGGCCCGUUCCGAGUGAACUCCGACGGCAAGACCCUUAGGAGAAAUAUGCACUCCUGGAAUAACUUGGCUAACGUGAUCUUCCUGGAGUCACCGGCCGGUGUCGGGUUCUCCUACGCGAGCAACGAUAAGAACAACAAUGACAACGUGGGCGACAGGAGGACGGCCGAGGAUGCAUUCGUGUUCCUGCUCAACUGGCUCGAGAGGUUCCCCGAGUACAAGGGUCGUGACUUCUACAUCACCGGCGAGAGCUAUGGCGGCCACUACGUCCCUCAGCUUGCCACCAUCAUCAAAUUCAUGAACGAGCUCCACGGCACCACCUUCAUAAACCUCCGCGGCAUUUUCGUUGGCAACCCGUACCUCGACGAUUACAAGAACGAGAAGGGGAACCUGGAGUUUCUGUGGAACCAUGGGUUGAUCUCCGAUGAGGCGUGGGUCGGCAUCCUUACCAACUGCACCUUCAGCCCGUCCGACGACUGGCAGUGCUUUGUGGCGGCGAACAACCCCCGGCUGGGUGACUACGACCACUACAACAUAUAUGCCCCGCUCUGCCUCCAGCACCCCACGGAAGGAUAUAGAAACCGUCGAUGUAUAAUAAGAACAUAA